AUACACGUGUGCGUACUAUCUGAGAAACUACAGGAUCCGCAGAUUGAGUACAACUGCUACAUAUAGGUCUACAUGCAAAAUCCAAACACGGUGGCUUGGAUAUGUAUGUAAACGCGAUAGGUAUGUCAUAUUAAGUCAAUCAUUAUUUCUCAUAACCUUCUGAUGAAUGCAAAAUAUACCAGAUGUAAUUAGACAAUCUUAAAAGAUGUGGUUAAAUCCGUACAUCUUAUAGCCGACAAGAGGUGAAGAUAGACGUAUACCAUUUCCAAUGGAGUGGACCGUGUUCUCGUGAUUUUUGGCUCGAACGUAUCAUAUCAUGGCCUCGACAAAGAGAAAGAUUCAAAUUGGUUCUGCUUGGUUUCAAACGAAAAUUAAACUAAGACCACAGCAUCGAGGUAUUCAUCACGUUACCGAAGAAAUAGUAGGAAAAAUUCCGGAGCUCUGUGAAUUUUCUGUUGGACUUUGUCACAUACAAAUUCUUCAUACAUCAGCAAGUUUAGCGUUAAAUGAAAAUUGUGAUCCAGAUGUUAGAGAUGAUGUAGAAAUGAUGCUUAAUAAAAUAGUUCCUGAAGGUUUGGCCUAUAGACAUAGUCAAGAAGGACCAGAUGAUAUGCCAGCACAUGUAAAGGCGUGUUUUCUUGGUUCUUCAUUGAGCAUUCCAAUUACUGAUGGCAAAUUGACUUUGGGAAAAUGGCAAGGAAUUUGGUUGUGCGAACAUCGUAACAAUGCUGGAAGACGUAAAGCUGUAAUAACAUUAACUGGUUGUCUUCGUGAUCCUGCAAGUAGCCCUUUGACUCCUGUUAGUCCUUUCGCCUCUACUAGCAGCUAGGACCACUCACACCCCCAAAGACGUAGUAAACGUCAUCUGGGCAUAUCUAAAUCCAAUUAUUCGAUCUAGCAGCUACUUAAGUUUAAUACAAAUCUAAGAGUAUAAUUGAAAAAAGAGUGUAUGGAUACUGUAGAAAUACACAUAAAUAUACAACUUUAUCUUAUGAAUUCAAUUACAAUAUUCAUUAUAUUAUGGAAUUUAGUCAUUUUAUUACUAUAUAGGUUUUAGAAUAAUAAAACUACUGACAAUAUUUAUUAUAAAUAUCAUGUCUGUACGUGCAAGUGAUGCAUUCAUUGUUUGUACUUCAAUAGGUAUAGAUACAAUACAUAUAUAAAAUUUGCAUUUGGUAGUUCCAUUGCGACUACCAACAGAUACACAUUCCAAUCUAAGUUAUCAAUAAUGAUUGAAACAUCCACUUCGGUAAACAUGAUGUUCAGUAGUUACAAACUGCCAAGGCAUGUGUAUAUUGUAUUCUGUAUACAUUCAAAAAGAUAAAAUCAUAUUAACUCAAGUAUCCAGCACUCUUCUUUUUCGCUCUUAGAUAAAACUGUGCAUUCUAAUAUAAUGCGUCCAAUAUUCCGAAUUUAAUUACAUAGCUUUAUUUAAGAAAUCUUUUUGUAAAAACCAUGAACAAGAAAAUAGCAUUAACAAAUGCUCAACUGAGAACUUGCAUUAUUUUUUCUAAUAUUUAAAGAAAUCUCAGUCCGGGCAUAUGUAAUACGUUACAAAUUUCUAACUCUGUGCUUAUCAUAGGGUAGGCAUUUCUAAUGACGUUUCCAUAACAUUGGGGGUGUAUAUAGAUUAUAAUCAACAUUUCUUUGCUGUGCUAAUAUAUUUCAGCUAGGGAUAUUUACAUAUGUUUCAAUAAUAGUGUCGACGCGUGGACAAGUCGGAAUGAAAGUAGAGUCUAAUAAUAUUAUUGAAUUAUACAAAUGAUUUAGAAUUAUCGCAUUGUUAAGUAAUAAUUGAUACAGAAAUGCAACAUAGCAAUUUUUAUUAAAGUCAACUAAAAUAUGUAAAAUAUUUGGGAAUCUAGCACUGCGAAGGGCUGUAAUAAGGAUUAAUUAUAAUGUUACAAAAUUAACCAAAGCUUAUCAUGGGGGCUUGUUAACGUAUCUAAUAUACUGUACAACAGACAGUUGGUGUUAGUUGUUAAUAUUUCUCAUAUGUAGCAUAAAUGAUCAUCUGUUACAGUUAAUGGGAAAGCUUUAAUGUAAAUUAUUUAAUAAUGCAGUUUAUUAGGCUUAAACAAGAACAGCUCAAAAGUGUAGCAUUAUAAAAUAUAAUAAUUAAGAUUACUAAUUUGUAGCAAAUUAUAAAUUUAGUUUAUCUACCUUGACGAUUUUGGGUCAGAAGAACACAUAUUAUUAUAUGACAUUAAAAAUACAAAAUGUAAGAAUGUCAUGUGCAAACGCAAUUUUAAGUUUGUAAUCGAUCCGAGAAAAUAGAUUCCUUAAUAUCUAAAAUGUAUAAGUAUAGUAAAUAUAAAAACUAAACAAAUGUAAUAUAAUUAAUUUGCUGGUUAAUUUAAAAAAUUAAAUAAUUGGUAUAACAUUGUUUUUUUAUAAAAUGAUGACUGUAAACUAUGAAGUAAAACAGAUAUAUUUAGUGAACAAUUAAUAUUUACAUAGUAAUUAAAAUGUACGUUUAAUUUUUCAAUUGCAUUAAUUAAGUUUAUCAAAAUUAAUAUAAUAGAAUUUUAUUUUAAUACACAUGAUAAAGUAACCAGUUUUUUAAUAAUAUUUUUAAUAAACUUGUAAAUUGUAAUUCGUUUAAAAUUCAAAUUUAUGCACAUACAUUAGUAAUUUGUAAAAUAUUGUAUAUUUGUGUCACUUGAGCAUCUUCAAUGAGAAUCAUGUGAACAUUAUUACCACACAAUUUAUGCGAUACUGGAAAUUUAAACUUUGUAUAUAACUCGCGUUCUGUUAAAAUUAAUAACAUAUUAGUAAUUCAGUUAAAUUAAGUUUUUAUACGAAGAUAUAUAAAUUAUAAAUAACAUAUUUUUUUUCAUAUAUAACAUAUUAAUUCUAUGUGGUUUUCUUAUUUUUUGAAAUAAGAACUUCCUUACAGUACUUCAACAGGUGAUGUUAAUAUACUUGUAAUAUACUUGUAUGUAAAGUCUCCAAAGUUGUUUCAACAUUAUUCAAUCUUUUUGCUAUUUGUAUAAAAUCAAAUGUUAUUAAUAUAACGUAUUUUAACAGUGUUUAAAUGUUAUCCCAUGAACAAUGUAAAAUAACAUUAAAUCAUACAUAUAUUAAACGGUUCAAUGAAUAUUGUAACAAC